UGCCACACGGGGAAGGCUUCCAGCUGUACCCCCCAACGAGGUGAAAGAAUCAUGUGGUGAUAGUUUGUUCACAACGCUCGUGGCAUGAAUAAACUAUAUGGGGGUCAGAUCUGUGUUGUGAAUGAACGGAUCUGACCCGUUCAAACCUUUCAUAGCAGCGAGUGUUUCAAUUCGUGUUAUUGAGACUGCAUCGAAGUCCGUUGGUGUGAUUGCAUCCGGUUGCAAGCUCGAAAAACUCUGAAUCCCGGGCUUCUGGCUUGCGCCAGUGAUUUUGUAGGGCGUGAUGGCUGGGCGUUGCUGCUGAAAGCCUCAGAGGUCUAUAUUGUACUCUCGGGAAGAGGACGAAGAUUGAAGCGAAGAUCUGAUGAUGGACAGAUAAGUGGAAGGGACGAUCACAGCUUUGAUUGACUAUCCUGCGCGAUGGAGCGAGAGCGUUCAAAUUGGCAGAGUUACCGGGUUGUGCGAUGGGCCAGAACAAAGGUUUACAAGCCAGUCAUGGUGAUUCUGCGAAGAGGAGUGGAACCAAAGCAGCUGGCCCUCUCGGCGGCUCUGGGCAUGACUCUUGGUGUAUUUCCAAUCUGCGGCGUCACAGUCAUCUUCUGCGGCAUAGCAGUGGCGUUGCUGGCCAAGAGGUGCAAUGGCCCAACGAUGAUGCUGGCGAAUUUUCUAGCCACCCCCUUGCAGAUGAGCUUAAUGGUACCCUUUCUCCGGGUGGGUGAAAGAAUGGUGGGUGCCAGUCCAUUCGCGUUGUCGAAGAAUGCGCUCUGGCAAGCUCUCACAGGGAAAGCGUCAGGCGAGUUGGUCACCGCCAUAGGUCAUGCAUUACUAGGGUGGCUGGUUUCCAGCCCUUUCCUUUUCGUGGUGUUGUAUGCUUGGCUCCUGCCAUUCACUCGGUGGGCGCAGAAGCGGCUUGGAAACCGAGAUCAGCUGCCUAACAGAGCUCAUGUCGCAAUCGAUUGACUCCUUUUCAUUGUCAAGAAACAAAAUUCUGGGGAUUUUAAGCAAUUUUUUAAUUCUUCACCGUCAGCUUGGAUGUUUUGGUUCUCUGCUGGCAGCAACAGCCCUAAUCUUAUCCCGCUGAGAGGUGACAUCGGCGGCAGUUUUCUUCACUUCAUAAGCUCCAUUGGCUUGCAUUUCUUCUACUGCCUGACAGACAAGCUCGGCAAUCAGGUGCACCCAAACUUAAUUGCAAGCUUUACUUAGGCCUUCCAAUCUGCUGCCCCUUCUCAUAUCAAUUACAUUACUCUUUCAGUGAGUACCAUGCCGGUGACUGUAACAUUUCCUCAUCGGUGAGCCUGAUGAUAAGAUGCUUUGAGCGAUGCGCCAAUUUAUUAGUGAAGAACUUCACCUUUCAAUCCCCCCCCACCCCAUUUAGUGAUCAACUCAUGUCUCCUUCUGGAUAUGCGCUCUAUCAUUAUAUUUGUUCUUUGUGAACAUCUCUUCUAUUUGUCCA